AUGGAGGGCGACGACAAAGCCACGGCUUCUGUGGCUGAACAGCCUUUGGACAUCAACAUGGCCGAUGCACCAGCAAAAUCCCCCGAAGCGAACCCGAGAAAACGGCCAAGAGAUGACGCAGAAGACGAUGUAGAGAAUGAGGACGAAGCAGACAACAACGCAGGGUCGAAAGCCUCGGACGACCCUGCGGAUGACACAACAGGGCAGCCCAAGAUCUCGAAAAACCAGUUGAAGAAAUUGAAGCGCCAGAAACUCUGGGAGCAGAAAAAGGAAGACCGCAAGGCAGUCCGAAAGGACAAGCGGCACGAGAAAUCGGCCAGGAGACGACUCGAGCGCGACGAGAAGGCAGCCAAGCUCGCCGAGGAACAGGGCAUCGACAAGAGCGAGGCUAUGAAACAAAUCGUCGCCGCCGAGCAGAAGGAGCCCAAGCCGAAGGUGGUGGUGCCCAUUACGUUCAUCAUAGACUGCGACUUCGAGAAGUACAUGCGCGAGCCCGAGCUCGUGUCACUGGGCGCCCAGGUCACAAGAUGCUACGCCAUGAACAGGGCUGGCCAGUACCAGGCGCACAUACUGGUCAGCUCCUGGGGCGGCUUCCUGAAACGGAGGUUCGAGACGGUGAUGCAGAACACGCACCUCAACUACAAGGGCGUGCGGUUUGUCGACUACGACUUUGUGGAGGCAGGCAAGACCGCUUGGGACAUCAUGCAUGGACCCAGGGGUGGCAGGUAUUGUCCUGCGUUGGGCGGACAACAAGACACGGAGAAACAACCUGGCGAUAAGAAGCCCACAGAAGCGGGAGGGGAUGCCCCCGAAGACGGGACAUCGGCCGAGAAAGAGGCUGCGCCCACCCCCGAGUUCACGACCGACUCCAUCGUCUAUCUCUCCGCCGACUCUCCGAAUGUCCUCGAAAAGCUCGAGCCGCACACGAGCUAUGUGAUCGGCGGGAUCGUCGACCGGAACAGGGAGAAGCUCCUGUGCCAGAAGCGCGCCGAGGAGAAGGGCAUCCGGACGGCUAAGCUACCGAUCGGCGACUACAUGCAAAUGGCGAGCCGGCAGGUCCUCGCGACGAACCACGUGGUCGAGAUCAUGUCGAAAUGGCUCGAGACUGGUGACUGGGGCAAGGCGUUCCAGGAGGUCAUCCCGAAACGCAAGGGCGGCAAGCUGAAGGGCGAGAACGGGGAGGGGGAUGACGAAGAUGAAGAUGGCAAAGAGGGAGAGCUCGACGCUGGACAGGACGAGAAGCAGCAACAACCAGGCGAGGGCCAGGGAGAGGUCUCGAAAGAGAUUACAACAUAG